AUGAAAAGCCUGGCCAAGUCUUACGACCCACAGCAAGGGCCGGCUUUCGGACAACUCUCAAGGGAGGACAUCAGUAAAGUCGUCAAGAAGGAGGACGUUGAUCUGGUGAUCUGGUCCAUUGGAAAACGACCUAAAGCUGGAUUUCCUGCAAAGAAACAGGCCUUUGCGCCCGCUCACGCUAUUCCGAAUGGGCACUCUCAGCACCAGGAUGGCGCAGUCAAUUCAACACUCGGUUUAUCCGUUAGUACAGGAGACACAUUUUUACCAGCUGUGGACGGAGCCGAAGUAGCUACCGAAGGAGUGAAGGUACAGGACGAGAUAUCCAUUCCUACAGCGCCCGCUGCUCCACUCAAGCCCAAAAGCUGGGCAGAACUUGUUCGACCCAAGCACCCUACUCCAUCCUUGACUCCCUCAACACCAAACGGCACAUCUGGAGAGAAAUCGAACGAUACGAACAACAAGGCAUCAGGAGCGAACGGCGUCAAAUUUGACGGAAUUGCUGAUGUUCUCCACAAUUUCAAGCCCACGUACUCGUCGCUUCUGAUCCAGCCUCGUGGUCUUGUCAACAAUGGAAACAUGUGCUUCAUGAAUGCGAUCCUUCAACCUCUUCUGCACUGCCCUCCGUUCUACAACCUUCUCAUGCAAAUCGGAAAGCACGUCGUCCACAAGUUCAAGAGCACCACCCCGCUCGUCGAUUCUCUCAUUAUGUUUCUGAACGAGUUUCAUGUCGCGAAAAAGAACCAACCUGAUUAUGGCACGCCUUUUGUGCCCGAGUAUGUGUACGACGCUCUUCGCGGACUCAAGCGGUUCGACUCAAUGAGAGGUCGUCAGGAAGAUUGCCAGGAGUUUUUGGGAUUCUUACUGGACGGGCUUCACGAGGAGUUCUACGCGGCCAUGAAAGAAAAGCCCAUGGGAUUGGACAUCAACGGCAACAUGGAGCAUGAAGACAGCGAGAGCGGCGUCAGUGAAGACGAGUGGAUGGAAGUCACAGGACCGAAGAACAAGGCUUCGUACACGCGAUCGACACAGUUCUCGGAGACGCCGAUCUCUAGCAUUUUCUCAGGCCAGCUUCGGUCCAUCCUUCGCAUCCCGUCUCAAAAGGAUUCGGUUACGCUAGAGCCAUUUCAGUCGAUGCAGCUGGACCUGACGCCUGAGAACGUACAUACGAUCGAAGACGCACUUCGCAACUCGACUAUUCCUGAGGUCCUCGAUGGAUUCACGAGUUCGGAAAAGGGCGGCAUCGCAGUAGAGGCGACCAAGAAAAUCUUUAUCGAGCAUGUCCCACCUGUGCUGGUGCUCCACCUCAAGCGAUUUAUCUACAAGGAUGGACGGACGCAAAAAUUGCACAAAGAGGUCGGCUACAAGACGGUACUCAACCUUCAACCAGAUAUUAUUUCGCCCACGCGUCGCCCUUCAAAUGCUAUCCCAUACAAGCUGUUUGGCGUUGUUUACCACCAUGGCCGAACUGCAGCAGGAGGCCACUAUACUUGCGAUGUGUUGCGACAAAACGACGAGUGGCUCCACAUUGACGAUACCAACAUCACAGUCAUCAGCGAAGCAGAUGUAACUCUGGACUAUGAAGGAUCAGACGAGUCCCAUUCUCCCAAGCCAGUUGCCAAUGACACAUUGACCAACGGUGGUGUAUCAGAAUCGACAGCGCUUGCGGCUGCCAUUUCAGCCUCAUCAAUACCAGCAAGUCGAUCGAGCGAUGGCGUGGCCUAUGUUCUAUUCUAUAUCCGAUCCGACCAAAAGAACUCAGCCCCCACUUCGGGCUCGACAACGCCAACACCGGGAGCAAGCACCCCCAAAUCAAUGACAAAUGGAACCCAUGCUAAACCACCAGGAGCAGCGUGGAGCGUCUCCAAGAAGUAA